AUGGUUACUGAAGUUCACGUAGAUGGAUACGAUGCUUUAAACGAAUUGCUACAUUCGUUAAAUCCUGAAACAAAACUUGUUUUAUAUUUCGCCGGACAAGUUAAUGAUAAAGGUGAAAAUUGGUGUCCAGACUGUCAAGCAGCCGAACCGAUUGUAAAAGAAGUUUUAGAAGAAUGCAGUAAAAAAAAUUUUACUUUUAUUCAUGUUUCCGUGGGAUCUCGUGAAGAAUGGAAGGAUCCAAAUUGUAAAUUCAGGACUGAUGAGAGGUUUAAACUAACCUCAGUUCCAACAUUAAUAAAAUUUCACUCGGUGGAGCGCCUGAAUGACAUUGAAUGUCAAGAUAAAGAAAAUAUAAGAAUGCUUUUUGAAGAUCUCUAA